AUGGAAUCCACUGCCAGUGGGGGACGCAAUUCACAGGCUGCCGGACAACGUCGAGUAUGGAAUGAAGACGAGGAGCGUGCUUUGAUUCAAGGCUUGCGCGAUCUUGUUCCACGUGGCUGGAAAUGCGACAACGGAUUUCGAAAUGGUUACACCACUAUAUUAGAACAACACAUGCAGCAGAUGUUCCCGGGAACAUCUAUAAGAGCCGAACCUCACAUCUCAUCCAAGAUCACUGUCUGGAAAAAAAAUUAUGGUUUGCUUUUGGGAAUGCUUGGUACUUCUGGCUUUAAAUGGAGUGAAACAGGGAACAUGCUUAUUGUGAAGAAUGCUGACAUUUGGAAAGCCUACGUCAAGGCGCAUCCAAAGGUCAAAGCAAUGCGAUAUAAACCUUGGCCUCUUUUUCCGGAUUGGGUAGAAAUAUUCGGAAAGGACCGGGCAACGGGAGAGGGGGCACUAGGUUUCACAGACGCGGUUAAUGAGGUGUUACAUGACACAAACGUCGAAGUACCGAGCCCUAACCCCACUCUUGACACAAGCCCGGAACAUUUUGAUUAUCCUCAAAAUAACAAUGACUCUUUUUCGGCUCAAGCAGGUGAGAGUAGUGCAUCCGGCAAGUUUAAGCGUGAUGGAAAAAGAAAGCGUAAUGUUGAGGUGGAGAAUAAAAUAUUUGGUCUACUGUCAUCCGUUUGCCAAGAGACGAACAACCGUCUUUUAGAACUUUCCACACGUGUCGAUCACGAAGUUGAUGCAAAAGCGCAACGAAUUGCCGUCUACGAUGCACUCAAAAAAAUUCCUAACUUAUCAACUGAUGAAAGGGUCGUUGUUGCUCGGUACUUAUCCAAAAAUGUUGACGAGAUGGAACUGUUUUUCAGUCUCGACGAUGAUGGACGGAGCUCGAUGCGGAAUGUGAGACAUACUAGAAGUGAACUGUGGAACUGUGAAAGCGAGCCACGUUAUUUGACUAAGCAUCAAGGCAUCUUCAAUAUUUCUCAAUGGUCCUUGCAUCAGUCUCAUGGAUCGGAUGACGAGCCUGGAGAACAUUGCGCGCGACUUCCGGUUGGAGGGGUGGACCGAGCUCGAGGAGAAGUUAUCGGACCUCAUGCAAAAGGAGUUCACGUGGAUGAAGGUGCGGGAGAAAUCCAUUGUCUUCAAGGGCAUUACCGUGAAUUCCUUCGCUUCUUGACCAUACCGGGAGUUCGAGUGCAUGAGGAUGGCGGUUUGGUUAGCGUCAACAGAGAGUAUUGGAAUGUCGUCGGAGAGCUGUGGAACAUACAUGGGGCAGCCGAAGUGAACGUCCAAGCUAACCCUGGUGCGAAUAAUGAGAAUCCGAUUCGUCUAGAUGAUACUAUCACAUACGUGGUCUCGUCGAAAAAUGGAAUGGAGGAUGAACUUGAUGACUAUGAUGAGGUUGAUCAGCAUGUUGGUAGCCCAAUCCAUGAUCUGCCACUUCCUAUGGAUCCCCUCUUCAAUGUUGAUGGCAACGAGGAUUUGAUGGAUGAGGAGUCUGAUGUGGACUCCUGUGUCGACUCCGUGUGA